AACAGUUCCCGCGCCGGGCGGUGGCGCUUGCGCAGCCGCGGUCAACCGCUUUCCCCCGAAGCUUCGUGAAGAUUCCGGCCGGCUCUUUCCGCUGAGGGAGUGCUCCGCACCGCGGCUCUGCCCGGCUGCCGCUUCCCGCUCCGCCGGGCUCCCUUCUCCCGAGCUGGGAGGUGGGGGGGGCGGUAAGGAAGCGCCUCCGGCCGCUCCUCCGCCAUGUCGCUUCUGUGCUACAACCGCGGCUGUGGUCAGCGCUUCGACCCCGAAACCAAUAGGGAGGAUUCAUGCACAUAUCAUCCAGGUGUGCCAGUCUUUCAUGAUGCCCUCAAAGGUUGGUCAUGUUGUAAGAGAAGAACAACAGACUUUUCUGACUUCUUAAGCAUUGUGGGCUGCACAAAAGGCCUCCAUAACAGUGAGAAACCUCCUGAGCCUGUUAAACCAGAAGUCAAAACUACCUCUGAACGAAAGGAGCUAGCUGAACUGAAACCCAAAUUUCAAGAACACAUAAUUCAGGCACCAAAACCGUUGGAAACAAUUAAAAGGCCGAGCCCAGAUGAGCCAAUGACAAAUUUGCAGCUGAAAGUGUCAGCUUCCUUGAAGCAAGCACUAGAUAAACUGAAACUGUCAUCAGAAAACGAAGAGAAAAAAGAGGAAGACAGUGAUGAAAUCAAGAUUGGGACGGCAUGUAAAAAUGCAGGCUGUUCAAAAACAUAUGAAGGACCACACAGCACAGAAGAUGUAUGUAUAUACCAUUCUGGUGUACCUAUAUUCCAUGAAGGGAUGAAGUAUUGGAGCUGCUGUAAAAGAAAAACAUCUGACUUCAAUACAUUUUUAGCUCAAGAAGGCUGCACAACCGGAACACACAUAUGGACUAAAAAGGAUGCGGGUAAGAAAGUAGUUCCAUGCCGGCAUGAUUGGCAUCAGACUGGAGGAGAAGUGACUAUUUCUGUAUAUGCUAAAAACUCUGUUCCUGAUCUGAGCUAUGUAGAAGCAAAUAGCACAAUGUUAAAUAUCCAUAUUGUAUUUGAAGGAGAAAAGGAAUUUCAUCGCAGUGUGAAAUUAUGGGGAGUUAUUGAUGUAAAGAGGAGUUAUGUGAACAUGACGGCUACAAAGAUUGAGCUUACUAUGAGAAAAGCAGAGCCCCUAUUAUGGGCAAGUCUUGAAUUACCGGUAUCAAACACACAACAAAAAAAAGAAAAUUCAGAUCAAUAAUGAUUCCAAGAGACAAAUUAUUUCCCAUUAUGAAGUGGUGACUUGCUACUGUAAUCAAAUAUUUAACUUUGAUAUAGAUUCUUUUUUUUUUAAUGCUAGAUCGUAUGUUCCAUUCUACAAAGAAAUUUGACUCACAGUAAAUGGGGGUGUAAUCUUGAAGGGUAAUAGCUAUUUCUGCUCUUGCUCCCAUGAGUAUAUUCUAGUUGGAGUGUCUCCAUGGGGAUUUAGAGUAAAAGAGAUAUUGCCCUUUGCUUACAACUUUACCUACCAUUCACUAUCCAAAUAGAUGUGUUCUCAGUCCACUCUGGGUGUUAAUUUUUCAAGUGGUCGGUUUAGACUGGAUCUACUGGGUAGCACACAUUAAAUUCAGCACUGUUCAUUAUGAAGUAUACAGUAAUACAGAUACAAAAAUCUGAGUUUAUGAAUGAUUAGCAUGCAAUUCUACAUCUAGAAUAAAAAGCUACGUAAACAUAAACAUGGAAGAACACUUGUAGACUUGCAUUUUUGUCUUCUGAAACUAAGAUUUGUUACAAUACCUGUUGUCUGCGGAGGGAUGGAAUAAACAGUAUUUUGCUCAGGAUUUCAGUAUUUGCUGACUCUUGCUGUCUUGUAUAAAGUCAGAAGAUCAGAUAAAAAAAAAAAUUCCCUCCUGCCAACUUAGUUUUUGUUUUAAAUUCAUGUACCUUUGGUAUUUGAAUUGUUAAAUAUAAAAGUGAAUGAACAGUGAAAUGGAUGAAUAACUUAGCAUCUCAGCUGUGGAGUAUAUACAAACAGCAGACUACUGUAAAAUUAUCAAGGUGCUCUAUGUAUUUGACAGUCUUUAGAAUAUAUAUUCUGUCCUAUUCUACAACAUUCAGAAUUACAAAUCUUUUUUUUCAACGUAGGUGGAUAUGUGUAGUAGGAGAAGCCAGUACACACCGUAGGUGUCUCAGGAAAAUUAUUUCCAUGUAGAUGUGCAUAGCUCUUGUUUCUGAGAAUGGUAAUCUAAGAACUAAAUUUAUCUUAAAGACAAAUCCUAGGAGGAACAAACAGGAAGCUUUAAAAUGUCCAUCUCAAAUCAUAAUUGUACCUUUGAAUUAAUAUAUUUUAAAAAUAUUAUUUCUUUUGAACAGCAUAAACAAAGCACUGUAAUUGGAAAUCAAGGCCUUAUCUUUGUUUUCAGUUCUUCAUCAAUAAAGAUUGGUGUCUGAAAACAGGAUAGUUUUAAAGAUAAGACUUUUAUGCAAGCAACAACACAUGCAGUAAUGUUGCUCUCUCUUUCUGCUUGAAAUAGUUUCUUAAUUUUGGGUUGUAGCAGAAGAAAACCCCAAUGUUUUUGUAAGUCAGUCAUGCAGAAAUGUACACCAUUAUUUAUUGUGCCAAAACUUUAUAGAUAUAAACAAGCAGUCCUGUGGAAUUUUGAAAUGUGUAGAUGCUCAUCUACCUACCUUGGCAGACCUGGAAUAACACCAAGAGAAAGACAGAAUGUAGUGAAGGUAUUUUGAAGUUAAAUAUGCAUUUCUAAGAAUCUUACUGCUUUCUAACAAGUAUAAUUUCACUUGAGCUCAGAGUUCUGUUUCUAGCAGUACUUGAAAUUCUACUUUGUGCUUAAAGUAACAGGAAAUUACCAAAGAAACCAUCCCCAAACACCAAGAAACUAACACUGGUGCUGAUAUAUGAAAUUUGUUUUGGUGCUUCUUUACCUUCAUUUCAAGAUCCUGUUUCUUCAUUGACUUGGAGGGAGUGUGGCUUUUUACUCACUCGGUCCCCUAUUAAAAGUUCCAGCUCCAAGUUCUGCCUAAAAGAUUCUAAUGUCAGGUGCUGUGAAGUGAUAGGGACAAGCUUUCAACAAUGUAUGCCUGCAAUUGGUCCUCUAAACAUUGAACAUGUUCCCUGUUGUGUUCUGAAACAAGAAAUGGAGCUCUUGUUAGUAUAAUACUGAGAACAAUCACUUCAGUGGAUGAAAAGUUCUAGAUGGCUGUAGCUACUAGUGUGCCAUCUGUGUUUUUGAAUGCAGAACUCUGAACUUGGACAGCAAAAUGAGCAGUGUUUAAAUGCCAGGAUAAAGUUCUUAUUUAACAAGCAAAUUCAAGUGUGUGUCUAUCCAUAUGGAUAUAUAAAUACCCUAAAUAUCUUAUGUUUUCCACAUUUUUUAACAUAUUUUCAUUUUUUUUGCAUCUUCACAUACAGUAGGUUUACAUAAUGUAGAAUCCAUUUUAAAGAACUACAAGCAAAAUGGAAUUUCUUGGGAAAAAAGAAUUUCUGGUUUUAAGUAAGUCAUUUUCUCCCUUAGUAGACUAAAGGCUAAAUGGAGGGAAAUGUGUAUGCAUGGACCUUCUGCUUUUAAUGGUGCAGGCUUUGGAUCCCAUACCUAUUUGUUUUAGAAUUAUGGAAUCAUUGUUACACUCUUUCAAAUUACAUUCUACUGGUUGCUGAGACAACUUGACCAUAAGUAGAAGAAAGCUGCUGUAAACAUGGUCCUCGGUUCUGUUUUUGCUUUUUAUUCAUUCCUCCUAAUCUUUUCCUGUUGUUCAUACUUUCAGCGGAAAAUUAAGGCACUUCCGGAGUUCCGUAAUGAUUUUCCCCAUCAGUGGCAAUAAAACCACUUUUAAAAUUCACCUGUUGAAAAAAGGAAGAAAAAAUAAAGAACAAACAAAAAACCCCAGCUUUGAUCAGACAAAAAGGUGUGUAGGUUUUACAUAUAAUAGCCUGGUUUUCUGUGGCCUGUGAUAUUUUUACAAAUAAAAGGAUGAACUUUCAGAUGGCAUAGACUGCAAUAAGUCCCUUGUUUAGCUGCAUUAAUUCUUAGCAGCUUUUUAUAACCAUAUGUCUGCAUCCAUUGUCAAGCUGCAAAAGCUGUAUCAGAUGCUGAAUUUGAGUGUUUUGAGCAAUUGCUCAGAACAUGCUUCAACACACCCAUGUUUGAUCCUGGUAUUUCAUGAAAUGACAUCUUGACAUGGGUAGUGCUACCUGACGCUUCAACACGGUAUUGGUUUGGUUGUAACUUUUAUUAGUAAGCGUGGAGAGAAUAUGAAACCAGCUGUAGUACUAAACUGAUCACAGUAUUUUCUCAACAGCAAAAUUUGAAAACAUAGCUAAGCGGUUUUUGAUCACAUAGGCUUUCACCUGUCUAAUAAUAGUGAAACUCCAUUGCAAACAGAUACGUACUGGUGUUAAAUACUUGCUGUUAACUUUACCCUUUUUUAGUGUUUUUAGAAGUUGUGCUGUAUUUAACCAGUUGGUUAACUUGAUACAGUCUAACUAUAUUUUUAUAAUUAAUGAGUCUUUAAAAGCUGUAGUGUGUUUCAGUGUGGGUUUACAUGUUACAGAUGUUGACAGCAUAUUACAGGUCUCAGAACUGACUGGCCAGGUGCAUAUAAAACCUUCUCUUCACAAUCCCCUUUUAAUAUGAAAAAUUGAGUGGGUAAUACAAGCUUGUGGCAGAAAUCUUAAUCUUCCCUCAUGUGUAAGCCCAUUUUCCUACCUAGCUUUAUAUAUUAUAUCUGUAACGUCAUGUCUUGGAAGAGUUGGAAUUUAUUUUUAAUAUACUGUUAAGCACUGGGCUUUUCAGCUACUUUGACUCUUACACUUUACAUAACACUGAUGUAACUUGACAAAAAAAUCUUCCGUUGGACUGUCUUCUGGAACCAUGUACAUUAUCAAGUCACCAUUUCAGUAGUUUAGGGAUUAGUUUUAAUAGGAAUUUUGCCUUGAAAAGAGAUCUACUUAUUCUAUGUAAUGAUGCAUUUUUUGCUUGCAUUCUUUAAACAUGGCAUGAGUACUGGUUAAAUACUGUACCUGUUAAUCAUUGGUCUUUCCCAAUUGCUACUAAAAUUUUAUCUCAGUUCAGGAACAAGAUCCUUUUUAAAGUAAUGAGUUAUGUGUCUGGGACACUGUUUUAAGGUGGUAAUAAUUUUGCCAUUAUAAGAGUCUUGAAUUACAGUUGAAGGGAGAAGAUGUCUUUUUGCAUGGUUGUUUGAUUCUGCACAUUCAUAAAACUUAUAUGCAGAAAUUAAUCUCAUGUCCUCGUGCUCUAAUUUUUUUCUAAAUGUGUUCAAUAAAAUUCUUACUACAUGCUGGUUGCA